CGCUCUCCGUUUCAUUCCGCGUAUCAGAGCCGGUCAACAUUAUUGACGAUGGAAAGCUGAGCCAUUUUCAUUCACAGUCCAAAACAAUAAAGCAGAGGUCAUUCAAGAACAGCCAGCGAACGAAGGGAUUUUACGCACGCCACAUUUGAGGUUUUGAGUAUUUGAGGGGCCUUAGCCAUGGGUGGGACCAAAAGCAAACCCAAAGACCUAGGCCAGCGCUCCCGUAGUCUAGAUGACGGCACCGGAGGAUACCACCACAGUCCCAACCAAUCAUCAUUUACACCCAACCGAAGCCCGCCGGUGGAUGGCAUCAGACGUGGAACCCAGACGAACGUCAUCAAUGCAGAGCAGGCGCUGUUCGGAGGCGUUACCUCCACAAACAACAGCAUCACCUCGCCUAACAGAGGCCCGCUAGCAGUCGGCGUGACCACAUUCGUGGCUUUGUAUGACUAUGAGUCACGCACCACCUCCGAUUUGUCAUUCAGGAAAGGAGAACGACUUCAGAUUGUCAAUAACACGAGAAAGUUGAACCCCAGGGAGGGUGACUGGUGGAUGGCGCGCUCGCUGACGACUGGAGAGAGUGGCUACAUUCCUAGCAAUUACGUGGCACCGUCUGAUUCCAUCCAGGCUGAAGAGUGGUACUUUGGAAAGAUCACGAGAAGGGACUCUGAGCGACACCUCUUGAGUUUGGAGAACAGGAGAGGAACUUUCCUGGUCAGAGAAAGUGAGACCACCAAAGGUGCCUACUGUCUUUCUGUCCUGGACUAUGACAACGUCAAAGGCCUAAAUGUCAAACAUUACAAGAUCCGGAAGCUGGACAGUGGGGGAUUUUACAUCACGUCACGCACACAGUUCAGUACGUUACAGCAGCUGGUGAACCACUAUCGUCAACAUGCAGACGGUCUGUGUCACUGUCUAACUGACGUGUGUCCAGUCCUGAAACCUCAGACUCAGGGUCUCGCACGGGAUGCUUGGGAAAUCCCACGAGACUCUCUGAGAUUGGACGUCAAACUGGGCCAGGGAUGUUUCGGGGAAGUCUGGAUGGGUACGUGGAACGGCACGACACGUGUGGCUAUUAAGACUUUGAAGCCUGCCACCAUGUCUCCUGAGGCCUUCCUACAGGAGGCGCAAGUGAUGAAGAAACUCCGUCAUGAGAAGCUUGUGCAGCUUUAUGCUGUCGUCUCUGAGGAUCCUAUUUACAUUGUCACUGAGUACAUGGGACAAGGAAGUCUGUUAGAUUUCCUGAAAGGUGACAUGGGGAAAAUGUUGCGGUUGCCUCAGCUCGUGGAUAUGGCCUCCCAGAUUGCCUCUGGAAUGGCAUACGUGGAGAGAAUGAACUAUGUGCACAGGGACCUCAGGGCUGCCAACAUCCUGGUGGGUGAUAACCUGGUGUGUAAAGUGGCUGACUUUGGCCUUGCCCGUCUCAUAGAGGACAACGAAUACACGGCCAGACAGGGAGCAAAGUUUCCAAUUAAGUGGACUGCGCCAGAGGCGGCAUUGUAUGGCCGCUUUACCAUCAAAUCUGACGUGUGGUCAUUUGGGGUCUUACUCACUGAGCUGACGACAAAAGGCAGGGUGCCUUAUCCAGGUAUGGUGAACAGGGAGGUAUUAGACCAGGUGGAGCGUGGUUACCGGAUGCCCUGUCCCGCAGAGUGCCCGGACUCCUUGCACGAGCUCAUGCUCACCUGCUGGCGUAAGGAGCCCGAAGAGAGGCCGACCUUUGAGUACCUCCAGGGCUUCCUGGAAGACUACUUCACCUCGACUGAACCACAAUACCAACCAGGAGAGAACCUCUAGAAAAAUCCUUGAAGAACCAGCUCAGUGUGAAACCAUAGACACUUGGGGGCUUGCAAAUCUUUUCACAUGUAACCGAAAACAAUAUUGAUCCGUGGAGGCAUCCGGCUGUGAUUCCACAUUGCAGCCUCUGUUCAGUACAGCUGCCUUGGUUUUAAAGCAACUUAUUGGGUUUUCCAAUGAUCUCCCUUGCAUCACUCCCUGUUAUUAUUGUUGCAUGAUAUUUCACUUGGAUGGUGUUUUCAUUGCUAUCCAACUGAAAGCAAAAAGAUCUUGCAUCCUUUGACAAAUUGCAUCUCCAUCCAUGCAACUCCGCUUUUGCGGAUAAUCAUUGUGAGUCUUCAUUUCCGAGGCUCUGUAACCAGUAGCGAUUGAUCUUUUGCUGUUUUACCUUGACCUCAAUGUACCGCCACCUCGCUCCUCCUAAACCCUUUGAGCGGAUGCUCCAGAUCUGUCACUCAUUCUGUCUUCUCCUCCCCCCUUCAAUCCAUCACUUCUCUUGUUCCAUCCCAUUUACACCCCCAAUACUUCAAGCUCCUUUCGCACUGGGGUUCUCCAUAAGUCUAUGGCCUUGUUCACUGAAUGCUGAACAGUCAACUGUAUUCCGUGAAGCCUAAAGAGACACGUCAAAGGGACGAAACUUGAUAGCAACAUCAGAUCUGAAAUAGGGGCGACAGCACCUCUGUUGGGAGGCAACUGUGGUUGUAGUAAUACGUUCCAAUUAAUGUCUUCCAAUAGAAAUCCAGGGUCUGUAUCUGAACAAACAUGAUAUUUAUGCCUUUAACUGGUAAAUAUUACAUUUUGGUUGUCCCACUGUUUCUUUCUUGUAUGAAGCUGGAUCAACUGGAAUAAAGAAUGUGAUUGGCUGAUCACUGGUCACAUGGCAUCUUGGCUCUGGCAGAUUGGCCGAAAAAACCUUCAGACUGAAAUAAUCAAAAUGAACCUUUUUCCUAUUGAUAUGGAUGCAUAAUGAGUUAGAUAAUCGUAAAUAAUGUCGUUUUCAUUUUAUAUAAUAUAUAUAAAAAUAACUCUUCUAGUACUCCACAAACAACUACUGAUAUAUAGUCAAUUUCAUUUCAAGCAGAUUUGACUGUAUGGUCCUUCUAUGUGUGCCAAUGCAAAUGAGAAAAACAUUAUUUUGUACUGUUUUAUUAUGUAUAAAAUGUAUUUUUAUUAAUGUCUUUUUUUGUAUCAAAGAGGAUGAUCAUGCUUUGUAACUAGAAUUUAAAGGGAUGGUUCACCCAAAAAUGGAAAAUCAGUCAUUUAUUCACCCUCAUGUCAUACGUUUAUGACUUUCUUUUCCUUUCGUGGAACACAAAUGCAAGCAUAUUUUGACUUCAUCAAGCUUUAAAUAAGCACAAAACGCAUACAAGUACCAUUAAAGUAGUCCGCUUUAUAAUGCAUGCGCUAUGUUCCAAAUCUUCUCAAGCCAUGCGAUAGCUUUGUGUUAGGAACAGACUGAAAUUGAAGUCAUUAUUCAUUGAAAAUCUUCCCCUUCUUCCUUUCGAAUCUCAUUCACAUUUCUGUGAAUUCAAACUUGGCACAUUGCGACAGGUUAUAAGGACACACAAGAACCUGUGACGUUUCGCAUCACUGAUGUCAAAUUUCAAAGUAUGAGAUCAAAAAAAGAAAGUUAAAUGGGUUUGAACAACAUGAGGGUGAGCAAAUGAUUUUUGGGUGAACUAUCGCUUUAAUUAUCGCUCAAGAAUAUUGUUCCAGAGAUGCUUGAACUGACUGACUCAAAUCUCGUUAAAUGCUUGAAUUUCACAUGUUUUGACUUUUAAAUAUGUUUUGGCUUUUGGAGACAAAAUCAGAUACACACAAUCAAAGUUGCCAAUAUUUUACACGCAAAAACAGCACCGCUUUGUCUCUUUCUCUGAGAUGAAAAGUGAAGCUGGGUAACAAUCUCAAGUCUAUUGCUAGUACUUCAAUAUAUAUAAUAUAUUCUUUAUAGAAACUCACUGUAAUGUCCCACAAAAAGCCAUCAACCUGAUCUGUCCAAAGCUGGUUCUAUCAGGAAGACUCGCAGACUUGAGUGAUAUUUAAGAAGACAUUUAUUUGAUGAGUAUAAAACAGAAAUGUAAUGUCUCUCUUUGGGGUAGGCCCCAUCUGGCGGUGCAAAGAAGUUGUACUCGGAACCGUCAUAUCCUGCCUUAGAUAGGAAGCAAGGGUGAGGAGCCUAACCCCAUACGGGACGGGGCUCAACUGGUGGUGGUGGGGUGGUGGAGGUUGCCGUGUUAGCAGUAAUGUGAUAGAUUGUGAGCAGACUUAUAAAGCAAUGGCUUACGUGUGAUUGCCUGGAAAUUACCCAGCUAAUGGUGCGAUGAUGUACAGCUGCUAGUCUUCCCGCUAGAACUACGCUGCGCUUACAUUUCAUGUUAGAAUCGUGUGUUAAAUGAUGGUUGUACUAACAUAACUGAUCUUAGGUCAGCUUUUACAGAAUGCUUGUUGACAGACAGCAUGACAACGGUCACGUUUGGCCAUGAAACAUGCACAAAAAUAAAUUAAUCACUGUUGAGACAAUGUAGAAUCAAAUGGAUUUCAGUUCAAAUGUGGGGAUAUUUUGUACUGAUAUGAUAAUAAUGGUUUGGAACUGUGAAUAGUUGGUUAAGACAGGUCCUAACAAGUUGUUUAGAAUGGCAUGCAAUCGUGGUACUUUAGUUGGUAGAUAUGAUCUCCAUUGACGCCUGUCAAUGUUACUGUAAAUACUUUCUUAUGGUUACUGUAAAUAUUCUUUUCAUAUUUAUUCAUCAGGUUUAUGAUCAGCAGAUGUUUGUUUCACCACUCAAGAUCAGCAUUAUGUGUAGACGUUCAUUCCUGUGCGAAAAAAACACAAAAAAUAACAACUUUGAGAUGCAAUGCAAAUCCUGUUUUUUUUUUAAAGAAAUGCAACUGUAAAUAAUCUUUAAUUAAAGCCACAGUUGCUAUUUCAAUACCGCAUAGAGGCCGCCAAUCAUGAUACCGCAAGCCAUCAUGUGUUCUGAUUCGAUCAAUAUGGAAGCCCGUUUACGCCACAUGAAUUUUUAUUCCAUAAUUCUGAUUAUCUCAUAUAUAUAUGACUUUUAAAAUUGGAAUUGAAACUUAUCUCAUAAUUUAGAUUUUUUUUAUAUCUAGUAAUUUACUUUUUGGUCUCAUAAUUUACUUUUUAUCUCAUAAUUAUUCAUUUGAAUCUAAUAAUACGCAUUUAUUUCAGAAUUAUGACAUCUUCGAAUCUAAUUAUGACUUUUAAAAUGACAAUUAUGAUCCCAUAUUUGUGACUCUCAUAGUUAUGACUUUUAAAAAAAUACAAUUAUGAUCUCAUAAUCAUAAUUAUGACUUUUAACUUUCUCAGAAUUUAGAUUUUUUUUAAUCUGCUAAUUGACUUUUAAUCUUAAUAUUUAAAUCUUAAUAAAAAAAAUUAUCUUGUUAAAGCUAAUUAAUGAUUUUAUCUGUUUAUUGUGAUUUAGUAUCUCAAAAUUACCACUUUUCCUCAAAAUUAAAAUUACGACUGAAUCUAAUAACUAUGACUUUCCGAUGCACAAUGUGGCUGAAGUGAGCUUUCAUAGAUCUGGUCUUUUCGUCACCAUGUAUUUAUGUAAAAUAUUUCUUCACAGUUUCAUCUUUUACAAAAAUAAUUAUUUCUUUAUUUCUGACAGGAAAAAUGUUUUUAUCAGCGUCACAACUUUUAAUUGUAAUUAAUCUGCUGUUGAAUUUGACAGGAAGUCAAAUUAUAGAAAAGUUAAACUGCACUGUACAGUAUGCAUCACUGUAAUAUAAUAUGAGUAAACUAACAAUAUUUGGUGAUGGAUUAUGGCAUGUUGUUUGUCCUCGCUUAUGACCUUGGAAAUGACAGCUUACAUGUGAUAGAACUGGAGCAAACAAUGAAUUAAAGCAAAUCACCACAUAUAAUAAUAAUAAUAAUAAUUAAAACUAAAAUCUUACUUUCAUGGUCAGAUCUGCAAGUAACCACAAUAUUAGUGCAACUCCAUCUAAUCUCUUGAGUAUUCAAACUAUGCAGUUGUUUUCUAUGAGUUGCCUCUCCAUAUUUUAACCGCAGUUGUUCCGAUUUUAAUUCCAGGUACUUGUUCCCGUCCCAUUGUACAGUUCUGCAAUGACCUGUUUCAAAAUAAGAAAUAACACUGAAAUGAGAUUUGUACUUUAAACAAAAUGUAUGACAAGGUGUUAUCUUUUUUUAUAAGUGCAAUAAACUAUGUUUAG